UUUUUUUUUCUCUCAGGGGUGGUGGCCGCUGUUUUGCUUCGUUAGCUUCCACUUCGACAGCAUGGGAAUGUAAGGAGGGAAUCUCCCGGAUAAAGUUGCGUCAAAGUGCUCCAUAAGUCGCCGCAACUUCCGUCAUCCUCCUUUUAUAUAUUGAGAGCACUUCUGCGACAUCGACGGGCCGCCCCUACGGACGCUUUCAGAACAUUUUAGCGGCGAAGCCAUAGCGGACAAAGGGAAGACUUGCGAGCUAACGUCGGCUAGCUCCCGGGGCUAACCUUAGCAUUCUUCCAUCAAGUGAGGCGAGAUGCAAGCCAUCAAGUGUGUCGUUGUCGGGGACGGAGCUGUGGGUAAGACCUGCCUCCUCAUCAGCUACACCACCAAUGCCUUCCCUGGAGAGUACAUCCCCACCGUCUUUGACAACUACUCCGCCAACGUGAUGGUGGAUGGCAAGCCGGUGAAUUUAGGCCUUUGGGAUACGGCGGGACAGGAGGACUACGACAGACUGCGCCCGCUCUCCUACCCUCAAACGGAUGUGUUCCUCAUCUGCUUUUCGCUCGUGAGUCCGGCCUCCUUUGAAAACGUCCGUGCCAAGUGGUACCCUGAGGUGAGACACCAUUGUCCCAACACUCCCAUCAUCCUGGUGGGCACCAAGUUGGAUCUGAGAGAUGACAAAGACACCAUCGACAAACUGAGGGAGAAGAAACUGGCCCCGAUCACUUAUCCCCAAGGCCUUGCCAUGGCCAAAGAGAUCACCUCUGUCAAGUACCUGGAGUGUUCUGCCCUGACCCAGCGCGGCCUUAAAACGGUAUUCGACGAGGCCAUCCGCGCCGUCCUUUGCCCCCCGCCUGUCAAGAAGAAGGGCAAGAAGUGCAGCCUCCUCUAAGGGGUUUCCUCAUAGCGGCAGGAGCGAUACCACCACAGUAACAACAACCACGUACUCCGCUUUCCGUAAAUUGCGGCAGUUCUAGCAACUUUUCCCCCCUUUGAAUCAAGAUUGAGAGGAUUGUAACAUGACAAGUGAAAAUGUCCAACUUCAUGAGGCCUUAUAUUCAAUCCACCUUGCUCUCAUUUUGUUUACAGUCUGGGUUCUUUUCAGUGGGAGUCAUGUUGCCAAAUCCACCUCCAACGCAUCCUUGCAGUUUUGUUUUUUUCCUUCUCGCUCCCACAAUCGAUCGUUCGCAAAUCCUUCACCAGCGGUUACUUUUUUUUUUUUUAAACACCGACAGUGCUAUUAACCACUCAAAUGUAGAUUUUUGAACUGUUGGUGGCAGGGAACAAAAGCAUCUUCAAUGUUACUCGGGCAUUUUUUCCCCCUCUUAACACAAUGGCUGCCAUUGAAGGCGAAACGUCCAAUCCAUUUUGACAGGGCGGGGCUGGCGGCGUAUGACCAAUGCCAGCCUCGCCUUGUCAAAAUGGAUUGGACAUCUAUCGCAGUCAAUGGCAGCCAUUGCAUUACUACUGGCAGAAGUCAGUAACAAAGCUACUGUCGGUUGUGUUGUAGACAUUGUACUCCUCUUUGUUAUAACCAUGUGAUUUGACUUUUUUUUUUUUGUAUCUUACACUUCACUCACUGUAUUGUUGGACUAACACUAUGAAAAUGCUUUUUUUUUUUUUUUUUUUUUUGUCACCCUUUUACAGCUAACGCUACCUUAACCUCCCUAUCGUUGUGUAAUGACGCUGAUGGCAAGUAUGUGCGAUGUAUACUGAAAAGGUUAAGAUUCAAAUCGCUACAUUAUUUUGUUCGCCUCUUUAAAAAAUGUAUUUAAAUGACUAUAGUACAAGGGGUUCAAGAAUGCAUUGCUCAUUAUGUUUGGAAUUCAGACAUCAAGUUGUGCUUUCAUUCAAGCCAAUGUUUUUGUGACUCCUUUAGUUUUACAGAUACGAUGCUAUUGUCACUUUUUUCCUUUUGAAAAAGCCAAUAAAUUCCAAUAAAAUUGAAGCAAGUUG